GGCCGAGGCCGGGCCGUGCCGGCUGAGCGCGCGGCGGGCCCGCCAUGGGGUCCCUGUUCCGGAGCGAGCCCAUGUGCCUGGCGCAGCUCUUCCUGCAGUCGGGCACGGCCUACGAGUGCCUCAGCGCGCUGGGCGAGAAGGGCCUGGUCCAGUUCCGAGACCUCAACCAGAAUGUAAGUUCUUUUCAAAGAAAAUUUGUUGGUGAGGUGAAGAGGUGUGAAGAGCUGGAGCGAAUAUUGGUGUACCUGGUGCAGGAAAUCAGCAGAGCGGAUAUCGCCCUUCCCGAGGGAGAGGCCAGUCCUCCCGCGCCGCCCCUGAAGCAGGUUCUGGAGAUGGAGGAGCAGCUGCAGAAGCUCGAGGUGGAGCUGCGGGAAGUGACGAGGAACAAGGAGAAGCUGAGGAAGAACCUGCUGGAGCUGAUCGAGUACACGCACAUGCUGCGGGUCACCAAGGCCUUCGUCAGGCGCAACGUGGAGUUUGAACCCACUUACGAGGAAUUCCCUUCCUUGGAGAGCGAUUCUUUGCUGGACUACAACAUGCAGAGGCUGGGAGCCAAACUAGGGUUUGUGUCUGGCCUGAUUAACCAAGGAAAAGUGGAAGCAUUUGAGAAAAUGCUGUGGCGGGUCUGCAAAGGGUACACCAUUCUGACCUACGCAGAGCUGGACGAGCCCCUCGAAGACCCCGAAACGGGAGAAGUGGUGAAGUGGGGUGUGUUCCUGGUGUCCUUCUGGGGAGAGCAGAUCGGCCAGAAGGUCAAGAAGAUCUGCGAUUGUCACCACUGCCACGUCUACCCGUACCCUGGCACCGCGGAGGAGCGCAGAGAGAUCCAGGAGGGGCUGAACACGCGGAUCCAGGAUCUGUACACUGUGCUGCACAAAACCGAGGAUUACUUGAGGCAGGUGCUGUGCAAGGCCGCCGAGUCCGUGUACGGCCGCGUGAUCCAGGUGAAGAAGAUGAAAGCCAUCUACCACAUGCUCAACAUGUGCAGCCUGGACGUGACCAACAAGUGCCUCAUCGCCGAGGUCUGGUGCCCCGAGGCCCACCUGCACGCCCUGCGCCAGGCACUGGAGGAGGGCUCGAGAGAGAGUGGUGCCACGCUCCCUUCGUUCAUGAACACAAUCCCAACCAAAGAGACACCCCCGACUCUGAUCCGCACCAACAAGUUCACCGAGGGUUUCCAGAACAUCGUGGACGCCUACGGGGUGGGCAGCUACAGAGAAGUGAACCCAGCUCUCUUCUCCAUCAUCACCUUCCCCUUCCUGUUUGCUGUGAUGUUCGGGGACUUUGGGCACGGCUUUGUGAUGUUCCUGUUUGCCCUCUUGUUGGUGUUGAAUGAAAACCAUCCCAGGCUGAACCAGUCCCAGGAGAUCAUGAGGAUGUUCUUCAACGGCCGCUACAUCCUGCUGCUGAUGGGCUUGUUCUCCGUGUACACGGGCCUCGUCUACAACGACUGCUUCUCCAAGUCGGUGAACCUGUUCGGCUCUGGGUGGAACGUGUCCGCCAUGUACAGCGCCAGCCACUCUCCGGCAGAGCAGAGGAGCCUGGUGCUGUGGAACGACAGCAUCGUGAGGCACACGAGGGUUCUGCAGUUGGAUCCCAGUGUUCCUGGAGUGUUCCGAGGCCCCUACCCGUUUGGAAUCGAUCCCAUUUGGAACUUGGCCACAAACCGCCUCACUUUCCUAAAUUCCUUCAAAAUGAAAAUGUCUGUGAUUUUAGGAAUUAUUCACAUGACUUUUGGCGUCAUUCUGGGAAUAUUUAACCACUUGCACUUCAGGAAGAAGUUCAACGUCUACCUGGUCUCCAUCCCGGAGCUCCUGUUCAUGCUGUGCAUCUUCGGGUACCUGAUCUUCAUGAUCAUCUACAAGUGGCUCGUGUACUCGGCGGACACCUCCCGGGCGGCGCCCAGCAUUCUGAUCGAGUUCAUCAACAUGUUCCUGUUCCCAGCCAGCACGACGAGUGGGCUCUACCCGGGCCAGGAGCACGUCCAGAGAGUGUUGCUGGUGGUCGUCGCUCUGUCUGUCCCCGUCCUCUUCCUGGGAAAGCCCCUGUUUCUGUUGUGGCUACACAAUGGGCGCAGCUGCUUUGGCGUGAGCCGGAGUGGCUACACCCUCGUCAGGAAGGACAGCGAGGAGGAGGUGUCGCUGCUGGGGAACCAGGACAUAGAGGGCGGCGGCGACCCCAUGGAAGACGGCUGCAGGGAGCUGCCAUGCAAAGAGUUUAACUUUGGGGAGAUCCUGAUGACCCAGGUGAUCCACUCCAUCGAGUACUGCCUCGGCUGCAUCUCCAACACGGCCUCCUACCUGCGGCUCUGGGCCCUGAGCCUGGCUCACGCACAGCUGUCCGACGUGCUAUGGGCCAUGCUCAUGCGCGUGGGCCUCCGCGUGGACACCACCUACGGCGUGCUGCUGCUGCUCCCGGUCAUCGCGCUCUUCGCCGUGCUCACCGUCUUCAUCCUCCUGGUCAUGGAGGGGCUGUCGGCGUUUCUGCACGCCAUCCGCCUGCACUGGGUAGAAUUUCAGAACAAAUUCUACACUGGCGCAGGCACCAAGUUUGUUCCUUUCUCAUUCAGUCUGCUCUCAUCGAAGUUUGGUGGUGAGGACGACGUGGCGUGACCACACUGCUGUGACCCACGGGCGUUCGGAGCUACGGGAAUUAUGUUACAGAAUUCCAUUUAUGUCAGAUUUAUGAUACAAAAAAAUCUGUCUCAUUGAUUGCCUUAUGACACAGCCAAAUAACCCUGUAAGAUAUACCUCUUCCUCGUAUGUUAAAUAUUUUGUAAAGUUUUCCAAUCUCAGAUAGCUAAUUUGUUUUCUUUUUGGUUUUUAUUAUGAGCAGAUACAAGUUAAUGCCAAAUGUUAUGUUUAAGUUAAUUCUUAAAAUGUCACAUUUGGGGAGGAAAGCCAAUUUUGAAUGACUAAUUGAAAAUGGUUUAAAUCUUUCAUUCCUUUUAGACCUUAUUUUUUUAAAAAAAGUUAUUCUGUCACCUGAUGUUGCCAGAUAGUAUUUUCCAAAAGCUGAAGUUAACUAUAAUUUUUUGAAAAAAUUUAAUGGUAGAUAAUCAGAAAGAUUCACGUUUAUUCUGUUUGGUUGAAAACCCGUGAACUUUUUUCUCAUAUGCUGUGCAGAAGCGCCGGUAGAGGGUCGUUUCUACGGUUUUGUCCUGUUUUAAUAAUUGGAGAAAACGGGAUAAAGGGAAUGUAAGUGGUUUUCCCACGCAGGUAUUUUUGUAGGAAAUCCUUUUCCUGUUCUCCUCACACAGACCAGUUCUGAUCAUUGUUUGCUUGGGAAGAUAAAGUACAGCCUGAGCCGUAGCUCCGCGUGACUGCCGCAGGCAGGCGGAACCUCGGCGCGGCGCCCGGAGGGUCCCCCGGAGUGUCCCCAGGAGUGAAGGGCAACGCAGAGUAGGGUUUUGUAUAUUUUUGUAACAGAAUAUAAAUGAAGAUAUUUUACCAGGAGAGACUGUACCUAUCCUUGAGAACAGCAUACUUUUUUACCUUCAGACUAGAAAUUAGUAACCGAGGUCUCAUGAGUGAGAGUUGAAGGCCAGACCGCGCUCCGGGGAGCGAUGACGCCGGCGCCGCCUUGACCUUGGCCUUGGGUUUGGCGGGAGUCUGGGCCGCUCCCAUUAACAUUCUGCUGCAGUCUGCAUUCUAACAAUGUUCAUGUUUCUUUUUAGAAUUCACUUUAGAUAAUCAGCACUUUCACGUUCUUACGAUGCCAAGUGACACCCUCCCUCCAGGGCCUUUGUCACCACGCUCCUGGGCCGUGGCGUGGUGCAGAGCUGGGGGCCUGGCUUACCAGCCAGGACUGGCAGUGCUGGACCCUGGGCCCCGGUGCCGAGAGGCAGGCGCGCAGCGCCGGGCAGCACAGCUGGGACCGCAGAGCUCGGUCACAGCAGAGGCGCUGCUCGCGGUGCGGCAGAGCCGGCCGGCUGGGUGGCGUUGCCUGUCCUGCCAGGUCCUCGGGCCGAGGGUGCUGCUGGAGCUGCAGAGCGCGCUGCUCUCCGGCAGGGCCCCCAGGCGAGAAGGUGGGCACAGCGGAUGCCCCCCCACGUCUACCCCAGCCUAAGGGGACAGCCAGGGACACGUGCCACCUGCGGGGUGUGGGACUGCAGCAUCGUGGGGGCCGCCUUGGUUUCUGAUGAACUCCUAGGAGAGAAGAGUCCCUCCGCGGUGGUUAUGUAGCCUGCGACUCCGGAAUUCUAACUGCUGUGAAAGAACUCUGCAAAUGACUUGUGUCUUCUGGGGGAAAUUUGGUGUUUUGGUCACUGGCUGCAGUGACGUGGCCAGAGUGCUGACUUUUGUUUUGAAGCUACUGCUUAGAGCCUCGCACAUUGCAUUUUUUAAAGUAUUUAUCUGAGAGGCAGAGACACAGUGACAGCUCCUAUCUGCUGGUUCCUGCCCCAGUGCUCCCGGGGCUGGCACCGGCAGGAGGCCGGAGCCAGAGCCCGGGCCGGAAUCAGAGCCGGACUCCACACCGAGGACCUGACCCGGGGCUGCUCCGGGGCCGCCUCUUCAUCGGACCCUGGCCCGUCAAUGGCGCGCCCAGGGACGCAGGGUGGAGGUGGCCCGGGCUGUCACCCAGGCCCAGGGUGGCCGGGGCGGACGCUCAGAGGCCGCCUGCCGCGUGUCCGCGCUCUGCCUGAGGUCCGGGCGUCCUGUGGAGCUGCAGCCGCUCCGAACACUCCGGGGCCCACGGGGGCGUCUUCCUGUCAGGACUGGCCUUUUACUAACGACCAAUAAAUACUCUAU